AUGACGGGGCCGUCGCCUUUGUCCAUUGACCUCAACCGUGCGCCGGCGAACUCCAAAGCCCCCAAGCACCUAGGAGCAGCAGCGAUGACCGGUGCACGCAACCUGCUCGACGAUUUGUCGGCCGAGCGCGCGCCGCCAUCGAUGCAGGCACCGUCCACCAUGCAGGCCCCUCCGUCUUACCCGCCGACAAUGCCGACCACCGUGCCAUAUCCUUCGACCGAGCAGGCUCCCCAGCCACCUCCCAUUGACACACAGGAGGACACCACUGCCUAUCCCGGCAGCAUGAACAUCGAGGAGGAGUCAUUGUUCGCUGAGGAGCUCACAGAAGCCGCAGCUGCACAAGCUCGAGGUCGUCGGGUUAGCAAAAGAACCAGCAACUACACGGUGCAGGAGGACAAGGUGCUCGUCGAUGCAUGGUUGACCAUUGGGCAAGAUGCAUUGACAGGUGCCGAGCAGAAGGUAACCGCAUUCUGGCGCCAGAUCUAUGAAUACUUCCAUGAACAUAGCAAAUACGGACAUGAGUCAUUUGAGAGCGACCGCAGCGAGCUAUCCCUCCAAAAGAGGUGGGGAGCAAUUCAAACGGAAUGCAACAAGUUCCAGGCGACGUAUGAUCACGUGAAGCGGAUCCCCGUGAGCGGCAUGCGCAUGAAGGACUUGGUAUGA